GAUGAGUGAAAGGUGCCGAAUCGUUUUGACUGGUUAAAGAAAAACAUAACAUAGUGGUCAAUGUAGCCAACCGGUGUAAGUUUGCACCAUGGUUCCCACUUCCCAGCUUCCCCUAAAGUUGCUGAGCAAUUAACACAAGAAUUGGUCAACUAUGGAUUGAUCUUUCUGGCAGGUACCGAUUGGUGUGCUUCUUCGCACUUGCGCCUCUGUGAAAACUGAAAUAUUAAUGGUAAAUUCAUUUAAUAAAAUUGUAUUUUGCUCAGAUCGGCAAAGCGACUUGUGAUAAAAAUGGGAAGAAAAGUCAACAUAAAAAUCUAGCUACUAAUAUUUGUUGUUUUACAUCCUUCUUUCCUUGAAGAAUUUGCUUCUCCUAACACUCUCCGCCCUUAUCUAACCCAGAAAAAGCAGGGAAAGUCGUCGGCCCGGCGGGACGCGGCGGAGGGGGCGCAUCCAUGAGACUAGACGAGAGCAUCAACCAGUUCAGCAGGCACGGCACCGGCGCCAAAGGAGAUCGGGGAAGAAUAGAGCAAAGGGAGGAAUCUCAGAGCCUCCACGGUCGAUUGCGCGGCAGAAGUGCUUCUUUAGAUCCCAGCCACUCCGCCGCUGACGAUCCCCCUACUUUCAUCGACGACAUCGAUUCGGUCUCCUCGUUCCCUCCUCUGCUCGGCGGCUCCCCUGACCCGCCGCAGCAGCCGUUCGUCAACUCCUUCAGCCAGUUCAAACGGUGGCCCAGCCACGUCCCCUCUCCGCCGCCCCCUGGGGAUCAGAAUCAUCAUCCGGAGCACCCGCUGCACAAGUCAAACUCCACGCCUGUUCUGCACAAGCCGCGGAUGGAUGAGCGGUCAAAUCAGGCGGCGGCGGUGGCGGAUCUCAACGAGCUUCGGAUUUCCGACAGUGAGAAACUGGCUGCGGCUGCGGCGGCUGCCAAUUUGGGAUAUACCAAUAGCUUCACCAAGGAUCGGAUGCUGAAGAUGGGGACUCCAGCCUGGCCAUCGCCAUCUCCAUCGCCUUCCCAUUCGCCGCCGCUGAAUCCCUUCCGGACGACAUCCAAUUCGUCGGAGGAGUCUACGCCGAAGCCGACGACGCACGUGGUGAUCGGAGGUAUUACUUGCCCGAUGGUACGGAAGCUGUCGCUGCUGCGGCAUCGGAGCAACACAAUGAACGGGAAGAUUGAUUUCAUUAAGACAUAAUCGGAUUAGGGAGUUUUUAAAGCUAUCCGACGGUGGCGCGGCGGUAGCCCAGGCCGAUGAGCGGUCGGUGCGUCGAUGUUUAUUUCUUUUGUUUAUUGGAUGGAACAUAUUAUGCAGCUUCAUGGUUCUGAUUUUGAAGUAUCUUCACUCAGAAACAUCUAUUGAAUCUUUGUCCAAAGUAAUUGUUGUGGCAGAGGGAGAUGGCUUCAGUCUCAUUCAUUCAUAGCUAACCCAAAACUCAUAAAAAGCUCACUCAUUCAGCAUUCAUCCGUUCUUCUUCUUCUUCCUCCUCCUUUGUUUGUAAGGGGAUUCCUGCAAUGUUUUGUAUAUAUGCCUCACUUGCUAUGUAUGAUAGCUUGAGAGCUUCACAUGAGUAGUAAUUCAGAAGUCAAAACAUGUUGACAGAUUAAGGAAGUUAGAUUUUGUGAAUUGUAGAAAUCAAGGGAGUCAAGAAAUCUAUCAAGCAAAACCUAAGCGAGCUAGAUUGCAGUUUUCCUUUUUUCUUCUCCAAUGGUCAUGUAUAAUCUUCUUAUAAGAAAGUUCAUGUUCUAAGUUUCUUUUGUAACAUUGCAGUCGAGUGGUAGAAAGCUCGGGGGUUUACUACAAAGGACUUGAUGAUCAUAGAGGAGUUUCAUGGUCUAGAUCAUCAAGGAUGUAUCAGCUGGAGAGCUGGAGUUAGGUUUUUUUACGCAGGUCCUAUAGGGAUUGGGCAGGUUAGUUCGGUUUUGGUUUCAAAUUGACCCACUUGUUUAUUAGUGAGUUCGUAUAAUUGCUCUCCACCCAUAUUCUUCUUCGAGUUGGGUUGGUGGGUGGCAAAUGGGUAUGGUUAGGUUGUGGGUUAACCUGCAAAAGCAAUUUUUCAACUGACCAUUGAACAUGUAGAAUAACAUUUAUAAUAGAUUACUCGCAAAUUCUUAAGAUAGAAACAAUUUAUACAUUUCUCGCUUUGUCUCCUCUGAAUCUAUGACGUAUUUUCAUCAAAAUUUUCAUUACUUCAUUAAUGAACUGUGUAGAGAUAAUCGACACAUUUUAACAACUUGAUGCAAUUAAUUAUUUAUAAUUUGUAUCAUAAUAUCUAAUGGAUAUUACACAACAUAGUAACAAAUAAUAGUAGUCCAAAUUAUUCUUUAUUAUAGCCUUUAAAAGUUGAUGGUCCGUGUGUAACGUGGUUAGGAUGAUGACUAUUCGAUUGUUUAAACAAGAAACAACUUUUUUUCCUUCUAAAAAUAUGGUGUGCGUCGUCGGGGAAAUUACAAUGCAGUCGAAUAAGUGCAAGUAGGAGACUUGUAAAUCCCCAAUCCAGCCACAUCAAUCACCCGCUCACUGCCAAUCAGAUAAUUUGCUGGCAUAUCGAUAUCAAAUCACUAAUUAACCACUCACGUGUCCACCCCCAAUAUGUUGUGUAUCAAAUCGUCUUUCUCAUUUAGUAGUAUAGGAGUUUCGUCCGUCUUAAUAAAAUUUCCCUUGGUUUUACAAAAUCAAAAUUAAGAACAAUGCAGAAAACAAAAACCUACUGGCAAGUGGAGAAAGCCGGAGGACGAGGCAUUGCAUAGGCAAGCUCCCCCUUGAGUUCCUUAGACUCGUAACUUAUAUCAUGACAACAUAUGAGCUAUUUGGUCUUUGUUAGGUUUACUCCUAACAUAAGCCGUGGCAAUCUUGAUCUAGUAUGCAAAGAUAUUAUGACACUACAGAUGUCUCCUUUGAGGGAGUCUAUGCAAUUAGAUCGAAUGAGGAUCGAUCAUGAGGGACCGCCAUGUCCAGUCUAUUUCAACCAUGAUGUUGGGUUCGAGGAUAUGGCCUAUGAAAUCAGUCCUCGUGUUAAGAACACAAUCAAAUCAAUAAUAACUAAACGAAAUAACAAACAGAAAGAUAAAGGAAUUAACUCAUCAUACAUAUGCCAAAUCGAAGAAUACAUAGUCUAGAACCUCUAGGAUUCGCCUAUUUACGCAACUAAGGGAACUAGCCGAAUAUGGGGACGAGUUCCAAAGGGUAUAUCAGUCAAAAUAAUAACCCAAGGAGUUCUCUAGAGUGGCGGCCAGAGACUAGGUUGUCAAUUUUUUUCCUUCGUAGCCGGUGUCAUUCUAGGUCGGGUUAUUCACUCUGUAGGCAGAGUAAUGAUCCUCUAAAUUCUAAUGCCUCCUAUCACUGCUCCUGACUCCUGCAUCCUAAUAGUAGGGAUGACAAUGGAUCGGGUUUGGGCGUGUUAUGCCAAACCCAAACCCAAAUCCAUGAGUUUAUCCACCAAAAAAACUCGGGGUAAAACCCACUAGAUUUGGAAAACUCAAACCCAACCCAACUCAACCCGAUGGGUAUCCGCGGGUUCAUGAGUACCCAUGGGUUCAUGUACAAAGAUGCAAUUACACUAGUUUUCACUACUAUUGUCUACUACAUACACACUAACUCACAAGUCAUUCAUACUAAUUGUUUAAUAUCAAAGACAAACAUACACAAACAAUAUGAUCAAUUAAAUGUGUGAGGAAUUAGUUUAGAAAUUAUAUUUAAUUAGUUAAGGGUUCCAUGGGUCGUGGGGUACCCACGGGUUGGAUAUGACUACAAACAAACCCAACCCUCAAAAAGUAUAGCGGGUUAAAACCCAAACCCAGCCAGCAACCCGUCAAAGUGGGUUUUACCGGCGUUGACCGGGUUGGGUCAAGUAGGGUACUUGUGGAUUCGGGUUAUACUGUCAUCCCAACCUAAAAGUCUAUUUAUAAACUUUAUAUUAGGGUGUUUAGGGAGAGAGGGCAGUCUACCAGCAUUUCUUUGAGUCACAAUCAACCUCCUCUAGUUUGGUCACAAUGAUAACCAUAUUCGCAAAGAUCUUGGUGUUUUCUCGACUAGUACCAAUUCGGUGGCCAAAGCGCCAUUUUGAACUUUGGGCUGCUGAAUCCGGUUUUUUUUCUAGCCUCUGAUCAUUCCCGUUUCUGGAGCCUAGCAGUCGAGCCUUAAUAUCUCCCAACACGUACAAAGUGGUCCACUAGGAUGCUAUGCGCUGAAAUUGUUCAUUGAAUGUAGAUCUUUUUAUCUUCAAAUAUCAAAAUCAAUAAAACGGUCGAAACUUAUACCGAAAUGAACUUCGUUAGCUGAAAAAGCGCAAAAACAAACAAAACACACAAUUUUAACUAAUUUAAAACAAAAAAAAUGGGACAACGCCAUUGGGUGGUGGGCUUCCCGUGCACGAAUUGCCGAUAUUGUAGCCGUUGCAUGCAACAUACCGCCCGGGGCAUGACCAUUCCAUGGUUUCCUACAAAUUUUGCUUUCUGGUUAGUGACGGUGAUAAUAGUUUAUUUAUAGUGUUUGUCACUCUCAUUCUUGAUACAUUUUCCUCUUCUAUCAGGACAGCUUUAGUCACUUCAAUAGUAUUUCAUAUCAAAAUCACAGCUAUUUGAUCAAUGAGUCUUAUUAGACCUAGGUAUAGGUGUCAAUCGGGCGGGUUCGGGCGGGUUCGGGCUGGGUUCAAUCGGGUUCGGGUUCAAACGGGUUGCGGGUUCAUCGGGUGCGGGUUCAAACGGGUUGCGGGUUAGUCGGGUUGCGGGUUCAUCGGGUUUUGGGUCGGACGGGUUGCGGGGGGGUCGGGUUUCGGGUUGUUCGGGCCAACGCAUCAAGUAACUUAACUCAUUACUCAUUACCAACUUACACAUUUUAUUACACUAAUUUAAAAUAUUUCCUCAACUUUUUAACCAAUUUAUUUCUACCUCGUAUAUAUACUUUAUUUUUUUGAAAAAAACUAGUCAAAAAUUUAAAUCAAUUUGUAGACUUGCAAACUUGUUAUGUAAUUAAUCAUAAUUGGUAAAGUAUUAUAGCUAAUAGUAAUUGUGAUAUCAAUAUUUGCAACCAAAAGACACCGUUAAUUGUUUAUUUGAUAUUUUAGUAUUAAUUCAGUAGUAAUUGAAUUAAAGUAUCUCGUUUAGUAUAACCAUGCAAAUCUGGUUUUUGGCGUAUGGUAAUUGGCAAAAGCAUAGUGAUAAAAGGAGUUAUUUCAAAAUAACUCAUUGCCCAAAUAACUUCAGUAAACUGUUGCCAAAUGAAUUAUUUGUAAAAUUGUUCGAAUUAUCCUAAAAAUUGAACCAUUAAAGAUUAGCUAUCAAAUUUAGUAAAAUUAUUGUGACUUCAAUCAUAACUUACUCAAUAGCAUAUAUCCUAUACACUUAGCCUUACCCUCAAUCAACAAUAUUAAGUUAGUAUAUGUUGUUGAUUGUAUACCCUAAACCAUCAAUACAUUAUACACUAACCACAUAACCAAUACCCUAACCAUAUGUCCUUGAGUUGUGAUUUUGCUAGUAUAGUUAAUUUAAAAGUGAAAUUCAUACUUUGAUUUUCAAAACAUAGAUAAAAAGUGAUAUUUGCUAAUUGUUAUACCCUAACCAUAUAUCCUAUACUUUACACCAUAUACCUUGUACCCUAACCACGUACCAUAAACAUAAAUUAAAAAGGGAUCUCCUGCCGUUAAAGACUUCAAAUGACUUCAAGUGAACAUAUGUUAAUAAAAAACUUAGAACCGUCAAAACCAUCAAUAUCUUAUACCCUAACCAUAUACACCCUAAACCAUAUGUACCUUCUACCUUAUACCCUAACCAUAUACUUUAUAUCCUAAACAACGAACCGUCAAAGAUUACUUAUCAAGUUUAGUAUAAAUUGUUGUAACUAAUGGUUAAUUCAUUUAUUAGCCCAUAAACAAUUACAUACAUAUAUACAUAUUAGCCUUCAAAGCAUAUAAUAAUAAUUUUAACUAGUCAUUCCCUCCAUAUAAAAGUUAAAGAUUCAUAUUUCAAAAGCUAAAAUUAUGAAAAACCAAAAAAUUGAAAACACCAAAUUUGUUUUCUUCUUUCUUUUCACAAAAAUAUUAAAAAUUCACUCCUUCUUUCUCCUUCCAUACAUUAGAAAAACUCAAUUUUCCCUCCUCUUUCUCUUCCAUAAAAUUGAAAGAACCAAUUUACCCUCUUCUUUCAUUCUACAAAAAGUUGAAAAGUCAAAAGUUUCCCUCCUUAUUUCUCUUUCAUAAUCAAAAGAAUCAAACUUUCCCACUUUUUUCUCUUCCCACAUAUCAAAACCACCAAAAUUCCCACUUGUUUUUUUUCUAAAAAAAUUCAAAAAACCAAAUUUCCCUCUUCUUUCUCUUCCCAAAAACUUGAAUACACCAAAAUUUCCCUCUUCUUUUAAAAACAUCAAAUUACCAAAUACAUUACUUUACUUUAUUUAUAUUUAAUUGAUAAUUUUAUUGAAUAGUUAAAUUAACCAAAAUUUUAAUUUAUAUAUUAUAUUAAUAUUGUCAUGAUCUCAAGUGACCUUCAUGUUUCAAUUUUGGUAAUUUUCUUAAAAUACGUAAUAUCAAGUGAGUUUCAUAUUUUUUAAAUUUCUUAUACGAAAUGAAAAAAUAAUUUUACUUAAGUUUAGAAUGAAAAACUUUAUUUUGAAAAACUAUGUAUUGUAUAUUUUUAUAAUUAUUCAAGUGGAUUAGAUGAAAUUCGGGUUGAGUCGGUCGGGUUACGGGUUAGUCGGGUUCGGGUCAAUCGGGUUCAGGUUAAUCGGGUUGCGGGUUAGUCGGGUUGCGGGUCAAUCGGGUUCGGGUUAAUCGGGUUGCGGGUCAGUCGGGUUGCGGGUUAGUUGGGUUGCGGGUCAAUCGGGUUGCGGGUCGGGCGGGUUACGGGUUGUUGACUUUUAGUCAAUUCGGGUUACGGUCGGGUUGCGGGUUGGGUUGAUCGGGCGGGUUAAUCGGGUCGGACUAUGUUUUGACACCUAUAGACCUAGGUAAUGUUAAUGUACUCUUUAAUGCCUUCUGGGUUUGGUUUUUGAUGGUUUUGAAGGUACAAAACAACCUAUGGAAAACCGGAUCAAGCAUUAGAGAACUCUGGAGGAUCAAACGAGCCAUAAAGAGAAGAAUAUAGAGCAUACGUGAGAUGAGGUCCAAUGAUGGAGAAGUCAACUAGGUUGCUGAAUAAUCUCAAGAAAAGCCCAUAGAAAGAAGACUCAGUCCAAACUGAUGAAGAAACUAGUGGCGGCGCGACAUAGGGUCCAACCGCCGAUGGAGGAGGAUUGUCCAAGGUCAAUGGAUCCCAGCCCACGAAGAAACAAGUGCGUUCUAAGCGACUCCCUACUGCCGCUAAACCCUAGCCUUGUUGGGAAGUUUACGUAUUCCAAAAGGAGAAGGAGACCCUGUCAUAGUCGAUUUAGGAAAUUUUCGGUUGGCUUCUUCCCCUAUUAAUAGAGGGCAUGACUUUUUGCUGGGAUCUAACAAUCAAACACACAAAAACUUUUGUACUCUACUCGAGCAAGAGCUUAGCUUUCCUAAGAGAGUCUGCACGUGAGAUGUUGUCAUCAACGAUGGUGAUACCCUCCUUCUCUUAUAUGUAGCUAGUUCGAAAUUGAUUAUAUGAAGAUGUGAACUUGUUUAUUGUUAUGUGAAUGAAUGCUAUGAUUUCAU